AUGGGAGGCGCUGCAAUGGAGUUUGUUAAGGCGAACUAUGUUGCUAAGGAGAAUUGUGGCUGGAUACGGCUAUUCGUUACAAGGCGUGGCAAGAAACACAGUGGUGACAACGUCGUCAUUUACGAGACAGCGGACGUGACUGCACAAGCCAACCACGACUAUACCCCUGUGAAGCAUGGAAGAUUGGUAUUCAAGGGACAGGAAUAUGAGAAGUAUAUCGACAUAGAGAUAAUCGACGACAAGCACGACGAAAAGGAUGAAACCUUCACCGUCGAGAUUGUUUUGGUUGAAGGGGAAGGCGAGGUGGCUAUCGGACGAAAUCGCCGUACUGUGGUGACAAUCAUUUCUGAUGACAAUGUCUUGAUGAACCUGGUCAACGUACAUAAGCUUACAAGUCAUUACAUUCAAAAACUCUCCAAUUACAAAUCGUCAUGGAUGGAUCAGAUACGUGAGGCGAUGUCGGUGAACGCUGGUGACACGGCUCAUGCAACUUUUAUGGAGUGUAUGCUGCAUGGUCUUGCAUUCCCAUGGAAAUUUCAUUUUCUGCUUCGUCCCACCUCCAAAGAUUUUCGGCGGUUGGCUGUGUUUCCUCGUUGGAUUGGCACUUAUUGGAGUUCUCACCGCCAUAGUAGGUUGAACAAGAUUUGGAAACUUUCAGGUGACCUUGCGUCAAUCUUUGGAUGUAUGGUCGGUAUGAAAGACGCUAUAACUGCCAUUACCCUUGUCGCUCUGGGCACAAGCUUGCCCGAUACCUUCGCCUCAAAGAUCGCGGCUGAGAACGAUGAUUCUGCCGAUAAUGCAAUAGGAAACGUGACUGGGUCGAACUCUGUGAACGUGUUCCUUGGCCUCGGUCUUCCUUGGCUCAUCGCAUCUAUUUAUUGGGCUGCUAAGGGUGAAAGCUUUGUUGUUCCCGCUGCUGAUCUUGGUUUCAGGUACGUUAUACGGAAGUUCUUUUUGCUUAUUUUGGUUUCUGAGAACUCCUACGAGUAG